UCGCAUGUUGGCAUGGUUUUUUUUUUUCGUGCAAUUUUUCGUUUCGCCCCAUGACCUUUCCAGUGGCCCGAUCUUUUUAGGAAAUAAUUCAUUGUUUGACGUUUAGUCGCCGGUAAAUGAUAACUUCAGAUUUUCUUGGCGUGUAUAUUCAACCAAGGCUACGCUCGUGCAUAUUUCAAUCUCUGCGUGUUAUGACAAUAACAAAGUAUUUCUUCAAAGCUAUAGAAAUUAACAUAAUUUACAUUGUUUCGUCAGAUCUCCAUUGAACGUUAAUUCUCCUUAUUUAGAACUUAGAGUCAAGCGCGAAAAUAGCAGUUCGUGAUUGGUUGUUGUUCAAAAGCUGAUCUCUGAUUGGCUCUUCUACUUUCAAAUUGACGGGCAAAAUUUUGGCGCUCUGCAGUAGUCGUUUGUUAGCGCGUCACAUAAUCUUGAAGAACCGAUAUGGUAAGUCGUGAGCGGUUUGAAUCCGUUUCCAUCCGCUUUUUGCGAAAAACUUUCGGUCUAUUUUAUGAGCCAAAAUGUGCAUCAUUUCUUGAAGUUUAAACUUAAAGAAGAUUUCUGCGAGCACUGUCUCUUGCGAGUCAUAUUUUUCACUGCAAAUCUUUCCCUAUUCGACUUUCAGGCUGGUGGAAAAGCAGGAAAAGAUUCCAAGGCAAAGGCCAAGGCAGUUUCUCGUUCAGCAAGGGCCGGACUUCAGGUAAGUAGUCGUUUUUAAAGAGAGAAAAUGCUGCAAGGUUUUUGCUGGAACCCUAAAUGUGUUCCCUUGGCUUGUACCUUACGCUCUUCGUUUUGCACAGUUUCCAGUAGGUCGUAUUCACAGACAUUUGAAGAACCGAACGACUAGUCAUGGACGUGUCGGAGCAACAGCCGCCGUUUACAGUGCCGCUAUUCUGGAGUAUUUAACGGCAGAGGUGAGAUGGCACAUUAGCUCUACUGUUAAGAAAAAUUAUUCGCUCAUUCGAGGGCCAACAGCGCUCUUUCAGUUAUGGAAAUAGUCUCGGAAGCGAAAGCCAGUGUUACGUUUGGGCGGUUGUAUGUUUGUGAAUAUUGAUUUGAAGCAUAAUAAUCCUCAUCCUUAAACUGCUCGAUUUCUUCAUUAUUUGCUUCGUUUCUCUGUGUGGUACGGAUAAUUCCAGUCCAAUUUCAUUGCUGUGCGACUGAGUCGUGAAUAUUUGAAGGAAGCAAGCAGUCAAAUGAACUGUUGUUACGCCAGUAACGACAGUUCCCGCCGUAUUUGAAUUAUACAAUGAAUGAAAAUAUAGCUUGAUCGGAAGAUUUCAAGCGUAAUUCCACGCUUCUUUUCGCUUUCAAGUGCUCUAAUGUAGCAACUGCUCGAAAUGUUUAAACAAAUGAUAGAAUUUUGCUCAAAUGUAGAAAAUUUCUUUGCUGAUUUUGCGUGUGCUGCCUUCGUGAUUUUUUAACAUGACAAAGCAAUAUUUUUGCAAAGAAUCCUUCGAUUUUGCAUCGAGUUUACAUGUGACAUGUGCCUGAUUUCAACCGAUCUUUGUAUAUUAGGUCCUUGAGUUGGCUGGAAAUGCUUCUAAGGAUUUAAAGGUGAAACGUAUCACUCCCCGCCAUCUUCAACUUGCCAUUCGCGGAGACGAAGAACUCGACUCUCUAAUCAAAGCAACCAUCGCCGGUGGAGGUAAGCUAACUUGUUUUCUAAUGCAUGCUGUAUAUAAAUUAACUCUUCAGGCAGUAUUCUCUUGUUCCAGUCGGCGAACAUCGACCAGUUGAUGUUGCAGCUACAUUUACUGCAACAGUUUUAGUUCCUACAGGAAACAAUAAAUCUAAGUUCAUCAAAUUUGCUUGUCUCUCUGAUUUUUUUGGGGUGAAAACUUGAUUUCUUCCCUUACAACUUCAUUUUAUGUGCUGAAAACUGAUAUUUGAUUUUGGAUUAUACUGUAAGAUUUACAACAGAAUAUGCAAAAAUUUCCAUAAGACUUUCAACCACAAUUUGCAUUGGAAGGUGCUUCCAAGAAAUGGACAAAAGAAUCUUUUCACUCAAGAGUGAAACAGUGUGGUACAUGGCAGGCGGUUUUUUUCGCAUAAGAAUUUGAUUUCUAGGUGGAGUUGGUGGAGUGUUACUCACCAUGACUGCAUGGUAUAUGUAGAAAAUUGCUACGUUUAUAAACAUUUGUACUGAAUCCUGUAGAAGACCUGGAAAUCUUAAGUAUAGGCCAGGAUUUUAGCUUUCCCAAAGAAACUUUCUUGCUACUGCAUUAAAAGUUGAACUAAGUAGUAAACUGUUAUUUAAAGUUUUGUUUUCUCUUGUUUGCAGGUGUUAUCCCUCACAUUCACAAGAGUUUAAUUGGCAAGAAGGGUGCCAACAAACCAACAUAAGUUUAAUUUCUCAGUUUCUUUUUACUCCAUAUUCUCUGUACAGUUUCAUUGGAACCAUAACAUUGCCUAUACACUUCGUUGCAAAGUAAAGCUCUGCCUACAUCUUAACUAUUAACCAUUAAAAGGAUGUUAUGCUUUGUUUGUAUUUAUAUGCUCAAUGUACAAUUGUGUAAUCGUGAGUUUGAAUAAAUCACUCUUCACUUUUUAACCAGUGGCAAGCUUUUCUAAGUUCAACCUGUAGUUUUUUGAGUGUUUUUGUAUCAUUUUUCUGAUGUGUGCUUUUCUAGUGAAGAGAAACAUUGUAAAAGCUGGUUCUCAUACUAAGUAUGAGUUUGUUGGUAGGAGUUGCAUGACCAGCCUCUUUCUACAGAUACUGAGAUAAUCCAGUCCUUUUACAUCAAUAAAGUUGAAUUUCUUGACAUUUGUUACUUUAAUUUCACUUAGCAAUACAUCAAUAAAUGUAGUUGUGAACUGUUAUUCUCUUGUGAUUUGAUUGGAUAUUAUGUCUUAUGGAAUGAUACUUAAUGAGGGGGACUAGGUAUGUCCUUUUGGCAUUUGUAACUAAUUGCACAGGGUUCAACUCAACUUUCAGUAGUUAUUAACAUGUAACUUCUCUCUGUAAUAUCCUCACCUUUCCAACAAACAGGUCAUAACUCAAACUUAUCAGUUCAAAGUUGUUAUUCUAAUCUAACAUGAAAUUCUUGUAACUAAUUUGCAAAGAAAUGUUGAGCAGCAAGAGGGGGAAUCAACAAUCAGAUCUUGGGAGUUAAAGAGUUGAACCCCUAAAAGAGUGACUGGCAUCUAAUUUCUCCUUACUGCAUCACCUGCAAAUUAAACAUUAA